UCGUAUCGUGGGCUACCGAUUGCGAACAACUAAAGAUUCAAGAAUCCAAUAAAACAUAAUGUUCUCUUGGUGAAUUUAUACUUUAAAUCAGACACUUUAUGAAAAUAAUAAUUAAUUUGACGACACGUGUAAGAAGGACGUAUUAGCAAGCGUUAUGCGGUUGGAGAGAGAGGGAGAUCAUCACUGAAGUGUACAACAAGGUUCAUUUGCAGCCAUCUGGAUCUCCUGCUAUUACUUUGUGGCAGUCCAAAAUGAGUAAAGACCUUGCUAUUCACAGCUGGCCUGGCUCCUAUUACCUCAACACUGAGAAGCGAUGGGAAAGUGGUAUAUUAUCACUCACUAGGACCAUGGUACGUUUCACCUCUAACCAGAGUAAAGAAAGUCUUGCCAGCUUUCGACUCUCCAGAAUUGUGGAAAUCAAGAUGGAGACUUCUAGUUUCAUCUUCAGCACCCUGACCAUUCUAGAAGAGGGCAACAUGAAGCACUGGUUUGGCUCACUGAAACCUAAUAGGCUGGUGGUGUUCAAUGUUUUGGAACACUUCUGGAGAGAACGGCUGCUUUCGUCCAACACAGAGACCCGAGGUGCAGAGAGCCAGCCUUCUAAAGGGAGACAGCUAAUAAAUCUAAUGGCAGGUGCCCAGAGAAGGCUGGAGGACACAGGGAGGGUUCUGAGUCAUCAGGGUGAACAGUUCGAUAACAUGAUGCAGGGACUGGAGAAGAUGGACUCUGAUCUGGAUGUAGCCGAUAAACUUCUAUCAGAGUUGGAGUCCCCUUCAUGGUGGCCUUUUGGGAAACUCCCUUGGAAGCUUCAGCAGGAGGCGAAGGCGGAGGACGCAGCAAGGGCGGCUUCCACAGCAGCAGCAGCAGCGAACAGAGGCCCGGUGAGGAGCAGGGUCAUCAGCAGUAUCCCCGCUGUGGUCUCUAAGGGAGCAGACUCUGACCUCAAACCCGGCUGCCUCCUGGUGCUGGUUUCCUCUGUGGAAGUCCGAGACACAAACUGCACGCUGCUCCACCGAUUUGAACGCAGCGAAGUGGACGAGAUUCGAGUGCACAGUCCCUACGAGAUCAGCAUCAGGCAGAGGUUCAUAGGGAGGCCGGAUAUUUGCUUCAGGUUGCUGUCGGCGAAGAUGCCCGAGGCCAUGGCGGUUCUGGAAAUGCAAUAUAAAAAGAAGGUUGAAUUUAGUCCCGAGUACAAUGUGUUCAAGGCAACUCCUGUCACAUCUCCAGCUGACCCACCGGGUGGGCUCCAAGGUCCGAUCCGGGGUCAGGACUCUGAGCUGCCCGGAGAGGUCCCGGCCGGAGGAGGACUGUCCCAACUGCAGGUGCAUGUUCAGCAGCAGAGUGUGAGCCAGGAGGAGGCGCAGGAACUCAAACAGAUGCUGCAGCAGUUGAAGAGCCUGGCCCUCGAGGCGGAGACAGAGCUGGAGAGGCAAGAUGAAGUCCUGGAUGUUCUGACCAACUCUGCCGACAGGACCACCAUGCAGAUAGGGAAGCACACCAACCGCAUGAAGAGACUACUCUGAAGGCAAGCCCGCAAACUCUGUCACAGUGUAACGCUGUUUACUGGUCAAAGUCGUCUGCUGUAAAAUAAAAGUGAAGAAUUAAAGGUGCACUGUCUACAUUUUCUGGUGGGGGUCUGCCACCUGCUCGUCUUAACUGAGAUGUUAUUCCAUUAUCUGGAAUGUUCCACGGUAUGACCUUAUACAUAUUAUUAACUCAAAACUUACUUUUUUGAGCUUUAACCAUGUUAUAGCAUGGCCUCACAAGACAGUCUUUUUGAAAUUUUCCAGUAUUGUUAGGUCUAUUGUGCAUUUUUAUUGCUUCAAAACCCCUUGAAUACAUGCAUUCCUACUGUAAGGGCAUUGGCCUACAGAUCUGAUCUGUAACUCGGACUCGGGACAUCAUCUGCACAAUCAUGCAUUUUCAUUCAUAAGAAGGCAAACAGGUGGCAGACCCAAAUACCAGAGUCACAUACUGCACCGUAAUGAGUUAAUUAGGAUAGGUCUAAUUCUGUUUCUUCUAUCUUCUGUCUCGGUCAAAGAUAAACUGCCUUAUUGGGAUGGGUAGACGAUAUUGACAAAAAUAGUAUCUGUUUUUUUGGAUUAUCCUGAUGUUACUCAGUUGAUAUUGAUGCCAAUUAUUCAGAAAUAUGCCUAAAUAAGCCUGUAAAGGUUGAGGUUCAAGUAUUGCAAAAAAUGAAUGGACUGUUUUUUUUUUUCAUUUUUACAUUUAAAAAAAAUAGUUUUAUAUAUACUUAAACUCAGUUUAGCAUGAACAAAAAUUUUGACAUUAAUUUUUGGAUAUCUCCUUGUUCACAGAGACAACAGGUGAUAAUGUAUUUAGUAUGCCUUUCGAUUAUGAAGAAAUACAAAAGGAAUGUGAGGAAUCCGUAUGUAGUUGCUUGUUUAUAUGAAUUUAAUAAUAAUUAAUAGAUAGAGAUGAUUGUCAUUUAUAAGCCAGGUUUUUCAGUCAAGGUAAUCGUAAUGUCACAAUAGUGUCUAAGUAUCAUUUCAUAAAGCAAAGAUAUAAGAUGAGAGCCCCUCAUAGUACAUAUUACAUUCUUAGCUAACUGAAUUACCUACAUUUAAAACACAAAUAUCCCUUUAAACGUUUUAUAGUGCAUUCAAUUAGGAGUCAUAAAAGUCAUUUGAUAUCUACUGUGUAUUUUAAAGGUAGGAGAGGGUACAUUUUGCCUUGUAAUUUAACUUUUUCUUAUUUAUUUAUUUAUUUUUUAUCUCAGUAUCAGAAAAAAUUUGGAAUUGCUUUUGGUUUGAUUGAAAGCCAGAGAGAUUACCUUUGCAGUUUUGAUUGGGAUAAUGAAUUUCACAGUUCAUGUAGGAUACGUCUAAAAUAGAAAUAAGACCAAUUCUAGUUGAAUUUCUAUGAAAUUACUUUUUUUUACACAUUUUACAAAUUUCUGUUAAGUACUGUGAAAAAGGAACAAUUCUACUGUAUUAUAGCUAUUACAAUAUCAGAGUCUUCAUCGGAAUCACUUUAAUUGUGUGUCCACAUUUCACUGUGCAUUACUGUCAAAUUAUUUGUGUCAAAUAGGCUAUUUAAAUGGCACGUGCAAUUCUGUUAAGCGAAAAUACUAUACAAAACCUACGUAUUGUAUAUAAGCUUACAGCUCCUUAAAUUUUAUACCAAUGCACAUCCAAAGAAGGCUGUCAUCUUUUUGUGUUUUUGUGUGUAUGUAAAUGUUUACAAUGAUAAUUUAAUUUGUGCCAACUGCAUUUAUCCCUUUUUGGAUAUUUUGGUUGUUUACUUCACCGUUUGUUGCCUGUACAUACAAAUAAAAUUAAUAAAUUGUC